AGGAGGAGGAGCCUCUUUCUCUUGUGGCAGCUCAGUCAGGAGCUGCAGUCGGUAGUCGUCCUCCUGCAGUAGUUUGUUUCCUGGUGAUCGGUGGUUUUUGACUUUUCUAACUCUGGGAUUGUUGUAUCUCUCCAUCACCUCAUCCAUUCACUUUUUAAGCUGCUUAUUUGCAUGUUCUUAAAGUGCACUGAAAUCUUUUUAUAAAUAGUUUUGGGUCCAUCGUUGACUUGUCCAUGCAGCGCUAUCACCACUAUGGCCCAGCAAACUCCUCCUCCUCCUCCUCGUCUUCUGUGCCUCCUGUAGAGGAGAUCCAGGCCUACAGCGAAGAGGAGGUGUAUGAGGAGGAAAUGCAGACUGUGGUGCAGGAGACAGGGGAAGUAAAUAAGAAGGAAGUCCCACAGCAACAGGAGGAAGUUCAGUCUGUAGAGCAGGAGGCAGAGGGGAAGACGGCACCGGUGGAAAGCAAGAAUGGAAAGAGGACAGAGGGAGGAGGAGGAGGAGGAGGAGGAGGAGGUGGAGAUGCAGGAGGAGGUUCCAAAUACUCCAUGUUUACCUGGUUUGUGGUGCUGGCUCUGCUGGGCGUCUGGAGCUCUGUGGCCGUGGUCUACUUCGACAUCGUGGACUACGACACUGUCAUCGCCAGAGCUAAGGAGUUUCGUAUGAACUUUUCUGAAGUUUUACAAGGUAAACUCACGGCUUACGACUCCGAUGGUGACGGAGACUUUGACGUGGAAGAUGCUAAAGUUCUGCUCGGACUGAAGGAAGCAAUGGCGCCGAUAGCGCGAGAUUCACCUGCGGAGGAAACAGUUAUGAAAACCGAACAAACCAGUGGAAAUGAAAGAGCCAAUGAGCCGACGGAGCACGAGGCCACGUCGACUGAGGAGACGUCUCCAGGUUCAGAAAUCUUUCCGGCGUCUGUCCUCGAUGAUCCAGUCUCUGGGUCUCAGGACGUGGAGUCUGAAAUCCAAGCUGCUGUUCCUCUUCCUUCACUGGUGGACGAAGACUUUGUUCCAGAUGAUCCUCGAGACAGUGCUCGUCCCUACGAGGAAGAAGACGCUAAGAUCGACUCCACGGGGGCUCUGGUGGAGGAGCCUCAGCCUCAGGAGAGUAAAGUGGAGUCGGGAGAACAGCUGACGAGCUCCAAAGUCACUCAGGAAGCAGUGGAGUCGGGAGAACAGCUGACGAGCUCCAGAGUCACGCAGGAAGCAGAGGUGGAAGCAGAGAAACAACCCGAACCUGAACCUCAGAGCGAAACGUCCAAGGAUCCAGAGAUCGUCCCCGAGUCUGAGGCAUCAGCAGAGAAACCGGCUGAAGAGAAGCUCAAAGAAAAAGCCAAGAAGAAGAAACCAAAACUAUUCAACAAAUUGGAUAAAACCAUUAAAGCUGAAAUUGAUGCAGCGGAGAAGCUUCGUAAGAAGGGGAAACUGGAGGAGGCGCUGAAAGCCUUCGAGCUGCUGGUUCAUCAGUAUCCUGAGAGUCCGCGAGCUCACUACGGGAAAGCCCAGGUGGAGGACGACAUGGCCGAGAAGAUGCGCAGCAACGACAUGCUGCAGAGAGCCAUCAACACCUACCGGGAGGCGGCCGAGCUCCCGGACGCGACCCCUGACCUCCUGAGGGCCGCCCUGAAGAGACGGGCCGAGAGGCAGCAGUUCCUGGGGCGGAUGCGCUCGUCUCUGGUGACUCUGGAGAAGCUGGUUCAGGUGUUUCCGGACGACAUCGGCCUUCAGAACGACCUGGGCGUCGGCUACCUGUUGCUAGGCGACAACAAGGGCGCCAAAAAGGUCUACGAAAAGGUUCUGGCGGUUGCCCCCGACGACGGCUUUGCCAAGGUGCACUACGGCUUCAUCUUGAAGUCGGAGAACAAGAUCGCGGAGAGUAUACCAUACCUGAAGGAGGGUUUGGAGUCAGGUGAGCCGGGAACAGACGACGGACGUUUUUAUUUCCACCUCGGAGACGCUCUGCAGAGGGUCGGAGACGACAGUGCGUAUCACUGGUACGAGCUGGGUCAUCAGCGAGGUCAUUUCGCCUCGGUGUGGCAGAGAUCUCUGUACAACGUGGACGGACUGAAGGCUCAGCCCUGGUGGGCGGCUAAAGAGACGGGCUACACCGACCUGGUCAAGAUGUUGGAAAGAAACUGGAAGACGAUCAGGGACGAGGCUCUGGCCGUGAUGGACCAGAACACCGGACUGUUCAUACCCGAGGAGGAAAACCUCCGGGAGAAAGGAGAGUGGGGUCAAUACACUCUGUGGCAGCAAGGGAGAAAAGCUGGAAACGCCUGUCAGGGCGUCCCGAAGACCUGCUCACUCCUGGAGAGAUUCCCUGAAGCUACAGGCUGCAAGAGAGGACAGAUUAAGUUCUCUGUGAUGCAGCCAGGGACUCAUGUGUGGCCUCACACCGGCCCAACCAACUGCAGACUGAGGAUGCACCUCGGCCUCGUCAUCCCCAAACGAGGCUGCAGGAUCCGCUGCACCAACCAGACCAGGGAGUGGGAGGAAGGUAAAGUCCUCAUCUUCGACGACUCCUUUGAGCACGAGGUCUGGCAGGAAGCCGACAGCUACCGCCUCAUCUUCAUCGUGGACGUCUGGCAUCCGGAGCUGACGCAGCACCAGCGCCAGACUCUGAGCCCGAUUUAGACCAGCCGAAACACGGCGGACGAACUGCAGGACCGGUAAGAGUUGCUGCGAUCAGACGGGGUUCUUCUUCUGUGGAUAAAAAACAAAACAAAACGCUGUUUUCCUGAGAGGACGCGUGAAUCUGACGGACUGACUGGUGUUUGUGGACGAACUGUUACGACUGUUGAAGAAUCACAUCAGACUGAAGGAAGGAUCUUUUCUCGGUCAUACUACUGACUUGACAACAAGCUCAACCCAUACGGUACCCUCCCUUCUUAAGACCUGGUUUAAAACCAGGUUCUGGGUUUGUUUUUUUUUUUGUUCUGUCUGAAAAAUGAAAUGAAACGUCCAAACUCUCCGACUGUUCUGGAGAUACUCGGUAAAAUGGUCAAAAGCUAAACCAAUAGAAUUAUUAGACCGUCUGAUAAUGUCUUAAGUUGGACCACUAUGCAUUCUUUCAGUUUAUCACUUUUGCACAAUAACACGAUGUUAGAAGAUGUUAAUGAAGAGGAUUUAUAUUUAUAUUAAAAAUAAAAAAAUGCAAAGAAAAAAAUGCAAACUAUAAAAA